CGCGCUCAUGUGGACUGAGCUGCGCUCGACCUCCACGCCAAACGUCGUCCGCUGACACCUGAUCUAGCUUGCAAAAUGGCUGCCCCUGUUGUCACAGUCUCCGAGAGCAAAGAGCUCCGGGGGCUCAACCUUAUCGCAGCGCACUCACACAUCCGCGGACUAGGCGUUGAUGCCGACACUCUCGAGCCCAGAGCUGCAUCGCAGGGUCUGGUCGGGCAGGAGAAGGCGCGCAAGGCUGCUGCCGUCGUGUUGGAGAUGAUCAAGCAGGGCAAGAUUGCCGGUCGCGCUGUGCUGAUCGCCGGACCUCCCAGCACCGGAAAGACAGCCAUUGCCAUGGGAAUGGCCCAGUCAUUGGGCCCCGACGUCCCCUUUACCACCCUCGCCGCUUCCGAAAUCUUCUCUCUCGAAAUGUCCAAGACCGAGGCCCUCACACAGGCCUUCCGGAAGUCAAUCGGCGUCAGAAUCAAGGAAGAGAGCGAGAUAAUGGAGGGCGAAGUAGUCGAGAUUCAGAUUGACCGGAGCGUGACGGGCGGCGCCAAGCAGGGCAAGCUCACCAUCAAGACGACCGACAUGGAGGCUAUCUACGAUAUGGGAAGUAAGAUGAUCGAUGCCAUGACCAAGGAGCGCGUGAUGGCGGGCGACAUUAUCUCGAUCGACAAGUCAUCGGGGAAAAUUACCAAGCUGGGCCGGUCUUACGCGCGGUCGCGCGACUACGAUGCCAUGGGAGUCGACACCAAGUUCCUGCAGUGCCCUGACGGCGAGUUGCAGAAGCGGAAAGAGGUUGUGCACACAGUGUCUCUGCACGAGAUCGACGUCAUCAACUCGCGGACCCAGGGCUUCCUGGCUCUGUUUUCCGGCGACACGGGCGAGAUCAGGAGCGAGAUCCGGGACCAGAUCAACACCAAGAUUGCCGAGUGGAAAGAGGAGGGCAAGGCAGAAAUUGUGCCGGGCGUUCUUUUCAUCGACGAGGUUCACAUGCUCGACAUCGAGUGCUUCUCCUACAUCAACCGUGCGCUCGAGUCGGACCUGGCUCCUAUCGUCAUCAUGGCCAGCAACAGAGGUCACUCCCGCCUCCGAGGUACAGAUUACAAGAGCCCUCACGGUCUGCCGCUCGACUUCCUGGACCGCGUUGCCAUCAUCAACACACACGCCUACACCGCCGACGAGCUUCGUCAAAUCCUGUCAAUCCGGGCCCAAGAGGAAGAAGUCGAUCUCACGCCAGAUGCGCUUGCGCUGCUCACCAAGAUCGGCCAAGAGGCGGGGCUGCGCUACGCGAGCAAUCUCAUCACCACGUCCCAGCUGAUCUGCGCCAAGCGGCGCGCCAAACAGGUCGGCGUGGAGGAUGUCCAGCGGAGCUUCAAGCUCUUCUACGACCCGGCCAGGAGUGUCCAGUUCGUUGCCGAGUCGGAGAAGCGGCUGAUUGGCGAUGACGGCGCCGUUGAUUUCAGGGUCACGGCCAACGGCACCACCGGAGAGACAAUGGACACGAGCUAAAGCGGGGAAAUAGGUGUUUGAUCUACUGCAGGCGUUCAGGGGGCGGGUGAAAAUGUUUGGCUCACUGGGACGGCGCGGCUUUGAUAUCUUGUACAAGUACGGUAAUGGAUAUUCAUAGAUGUGGGAAGAGUUGUGGUCGUUGGCGAUUUUGCGCCGAUUUGGUGUUGUUACGUAGCUGGAGGCCGUCUCAUUGUCUUACAAGAACGUAGCAACCCGGGUCCAUUCCCCAUCUUCCC